AGAGACCGGAAAUGCCUCUCAUUGGCGACUUGUUUUGACUUGCUAAUGCCGCUUUAUAUGUUAUUAUAGCUCAAUCCAACAGAUUUUAGCUUUGCUAAUUUUACCUGAAAUGAUGUCGGGAAUUGAAGAAAAUGCCGAUCCAUCUUUGCCGGGAUAUGCGCGCUCGAACUCCUCCUUGAACAGUAGUGGAAUACCACAGUUGCCUCCCGAUUCUCCUGGUAGUUCGGUUUCUUCUCGUUUGCAAAACGAAUAUGAUCAAUUAUUGAAACUAGCAACUAUAUUACCUGAAGAAAAGGAACUUGCUAUUGAAGAGGAUCUCCGAAGUUUAUCAACAAUAGAACCCGCAAUGUAUGAUCCUGAAGAGGAGCGUAAUAAUACUCUAACGCCUCGCUCCGAUCGACAAGAACAAGGAAUAAACGUUCAAGUUAUUAAGGAAAAUGGAAAUCACAGUCUCGAUGUUCAAGUAGUCCGAGAAUUUAAUGACGUUGAAAAAGCAGAUUCAAUUGCCAAUUCUCUGGGAUCAGAUCCCCUGUUAACAAGAAAAUUUUCCCUCCCAGCAGUUGGAGAUUCAAAAUCUGAAUCUGAUACAUCUUCUAUCCGCAGUGCAUUAGCUGCUGCUUCUUAUAAACCGUCCAUCGAUGCUGAUAUGUCGAGAAUAGAAACACUAUUGGAUUCUUGGUUAUACGAUGUUAAAAAAAAUGUUCUCGACGAAUGUAGCCAAUUAAAAUUACGAAUGCUCGAAAGAGAGAGAGACGAAAUAUUAAAAGAAAAGAAAAAAACAACUGAAGAAUUAUUGGAAUAUCAAAAACAAAUAGAUAGCUUAAAAGAAGUCCUUAACUCCUAUGAACAGACAUGCCAUAAGAAAGACACAAUUAUCAAUAAUCUAUCAAAAUCUCUUCAAAAAUCGAAAGACAAAAUGGAAACUUUAAAAACUUUUUGUGAAUGGCGACUAAAUCACGCAGAUUCUGCAAGAGAAAAGUUUUGUACUAAGAUGGCUGCUAAGCAGCAUGAUAUUUCUGUGAAAAAGACUGUUUUCUUUGCUUGGAAAAGUAUUGUACAAACUAGUUGGAAAGUUCGCGCCGAAAAGGCUUGUCAAGCGAAAGCUGAGGAAAUAUGUAGGAAAUUAUCCGAUGACUAUGAAACCAAAAUAUCUAAGUUAAAUGGUGAAUUGGAGGAUGCUCGAACUGUUAUUGCUAAGCUACACGGUGAAAGAGAACGAUACGAAGAUUCCAUGAAAAAGGCUUUCAUGAGAGGCGUUUCCGCUCUCAAUACAGAAGCAAUGGCUAUAUUUAAUGGUGACGAAGAAGAAAAGCCCCAACGGUCGUUGGAUGUAGCGGAAACUGAUGAACCAGAAAGAAUAAAUGUUCCCAUACCUACUCAUAGCCAAACCGACCCUCUGAAAGCUAGAGCAGCGUUAGUAGCAAAAAAAUCCACAAAACCUCGUUCUUUUGGUCCAAAAUCUGAAUUAAAGAAUGCUUGUGCUCAAGGAGCGGUACAUACUCUUCGACCUCCAGUAAGUUCAAUAGUAGUUGAACGCCAUCAACCAGUCGUAAAAGAGACGGUUGGACAAGCAACGGCUAUGUGUUAUCCAGCUAAGAAGACGAAUAAUAUGAAAACAAAUCAAAAGAAGGGUCAAUCAACGAUUGUCAGGCACGUUCUUCAUCAAGCUCAUUAA